AUGGAAGAAUCCCCGGAGGCCCAGCGACGGCCCGACGUGGUCAAGCGCGUCUCUCGAGCCUGUCUGCAUUGCCGCCAACGCAAAUCUCGAUGUGACUUAGAUAGUAACGGGAACCCCGGUAAACCGCCAUGCCAGCGCUGUGUCCGGGAACACCGCGAGUGCGUGCUGGGGGGUUCUAAUAGAGGAGGACGUCGCAUUCGAAAGAACAAGAUCAAAAACUUCACCCCAGCGGCCAACCCUUCUCCCAGCAAAGAAUCCGAGGAGGCCUCCAGCCCCGCCAGCUCCGACAUUCGUCAAGCGCAAUCCGCAUCCUAUCCCGGCCCGGUGGUGUUUCUACCCCCGAAUCCGUCAGCAGCUGCAUCGGUGUCGGUCGAAGAUGAUGAUGCCUCCAUCGGGUCUGUCCCACGGAAUCCGUCUGACGCCUGGCAAUGCCUCACGGGCAUCGCGACUCAGAGCGCGGGCGCAAAUUCGGAACGACGCAGCGAUCAUGCUCGGUCGGACUCGGGCACCUUCUCGACUCUCAAUGGUUUGCGCAAUGGAGCUGUCUCGAAUUUCAACAUCCCCGCUACCGGUAUUAGAGCUUACCGGUUGGUCCAGUCACGGUCCUUAGACCCUGAGACUGUAUGGCAGCUGGUCACUCGCUACGCCGAGAACUUCCACCCAUAUGUUCCGCUGGUGCCCCGGAAAUACUUCAAUCGCAGUGCCCUGGACAGCUUUGCGGCUAACGAGAAGCACUUACUCACCGCGGUUCUCACCAUCGCCUCGAAGGACUUGGUCGAACGGCCGGAGAUCCACGAGUACUGCUCCAAAUACAUGCAUGAGCUGAUCUCUGGCAUUGCAGCCGGUGCCGAGUGUGAUGUGGAAGCGGUAGAAGCGCUUCUGUUGCUUGCCGAAUGGGAGCCCCAGGGUCUCCGUCCUCGCAUCGAGCGUGUGGGUCGAGGCGAGGAAGACCGAGCGGCAUGGAUGCAUGUCGGACUGGCGUUGCGCUCGGGAUAUUUCAUCGGACUGGAUCGAACGUCAUUUCGAGGAGACCCUUAUGGCGACCAAGAAACCGAGGCACGUCGGCGGCUUGCCUGGGCCAGCUGCUACGUCUCUGACCGAUUGAUCUCGGUGCGCAUCGGACGCGCUUUCUGGUCUCGUGGCCCAGGGCCCAUGACUGGGCUUGUCAGCCAGGAUUUUCCGUCGUUGCAACCGGUCAAGGAGGGUGACGAAGAUCAUGCGAGGAUUUUUCAAGCCAUGCUGGACCUCACGCAGCUGUAUGGAAAUGUCCACGAAGUUCUGUAUUCGGGCAUGCGCACUAGCAACCAGAUGAUGCUGAUGGGAGACUACGUCAAGUAUGUGGAUGACUUCCGUCUUGCGAUCCUGCGGUGGAAGUCUCUCUGGGGAUCUCUGGACUGCUCUCCCCCAAUACAAGCAAUGCUGCAGUUGUCUUACGAGUAUUUGCGUCUUUACACGACCGCUUUUGCUUUCCAGGCUGCUAUCUCUCAGUCAAUGGUCAAACCAAAGAACGACGUAGAGUCGCAACGUGAACAGCUACGAACAACCUUCAAAAAUGUGGCUUCGAUGCAGGACUCGCGGUUUAUAUAUGAGUCUGUCGAUGCAGCCAAGGCCUAUUUGAUCAUUCUCGUGGACCUGGUGGACCCAGAGAGACAUCUUCAUUUUAUGCCUCUUCGAUUUUACCUGUAUGGCAUCUACUCUGCUGUCUUUCUUUACAAGGCUCGUUCUUUUGGAAUGAUGGUUCCCUCGGAAGAGGCAAAGGUCCAGGGCCUCGUCGCGCGAACCACAGAAGUCCUCAAGCAAUCCAGCGCCGGCCCUGACGAUAUUGGCUCGCGCUAUUCUCGCUUGUUGGAGCUGUUGUGGAAGCCCCGGUCGUCCCUGUCGAACAGCUCCUCGGAGACGCAGCCCAAUAGCAAUUUCCCAGUGCAGACCCCUCUGCCCAACCCGGUCCCUGAUCAGAAUUACAUGGAUUUCAGUCCAGCGAACGAUUUUUCGUGGCUGGAUUUGGAGGCUGUGGGCGAUUAUGUCUCUGGAGAUCUGAUUUCUGGGGGGAUGCUGGGCCUGGAUACCUUCCAAAAUGCAUCCGACCCAUACCAGUCGGGGCAAGAUCGAUCACAGGCCUGGCAGUCGUCUACUUGGCUGGGAGACAUGAACAGCAGUCUGCUGUUUUAG